CGAUCCUCCUCCUCCCCUUUGGCACGGACGCGCCCUCCCCUUCUGUGGAGCGGAUGAGGCGCACCGUGGAUGCUCUCACAGCGGGCAGAGAGCUGCACACGGACAGUAGGGAGCGGGACAGCGCGGACUGCCUCUUUGUUUUUGGAACUUUGGAAUUGUUGGGCCACGCUGAAACUUGUGAGGGUGGAGGACGACUUGUGCGGGUCAGCAUGGCAUCACUGAUGAACUCAGCGUGCUCCCUCUUCUUGCCUGUUGCUCUGCUACUGAUGCUGAGCCAAUGCCCUGCUGCUGCAUAUUCAACCAGAAGGUGUCACUCCAUCUAUAAAGGAUUCGCUCAGUGUCUGAUGUCCCUUGGCGACAGUCUGACUGACAACGCCCGCAAGGACGAAGACACACAUGAGAUACACUCCAUCUGCAGAUCCUGGGAUGAGUUUCACGACUGCGCCAACGUAGCAAUGGCUGGCUGUCCAGAUGAAGCAGCAGCUGUCUGGGAAUCUCUACGGCAAGAAUCUAAGAAGAUGCAGUUCUCCGGAAACCUGUACGAUAUGUGCUCCAACCGCAACAGCCAUGCGGUAGCCUCGGCCUCCCCACGCGACUCACCCAAUCAGGAGGAGAUCAACCAGGAGUCUCUAAGGGGGCAUACUGAUCAUCUGGCACGCAGCUCCCACCUUCUUGUGCUACUGGCUCCUCUACUGUUGCUGUUGUUUUGUAUAUAACUAUCCCAGAGACAUGGGACUAGUGUGAAUAUAUAUAAACUUUGUGUAUUUUCCUCCCACAAUUCCAUAGACUCUCAGCCUUUUUUUUGUCCUCUGCUUUGCCAGGGGCUGAAUAUUUCUAUCUGCAUGCUCAGAGGCCCAGCAGUCUUUUUGGUAUAGCCUGUGCCGUGUCAUGCAUAUUCUCUGCAUUUCUCUCUGUUGGAAUCCCUCAUAAGAUUCAUACAGCGAUACACGCCACAACACAAGAAGGCUUUUAAACACGUUCAUAGUUAAACAGAAUACAGCAACCCCAUGCAGUCUGUCUUAUCCCCUAUCUCUUGCCAUGCUGUUGUAUGAGAUUGUAUACGAUGGUUCCAGGGUAGUCUGUCCACCUGAGUGUCUUAG